UGUCGCCACAGGCACAACAUGUAGUGCGUCGCGCUGGCCGCCCCGUGCCGAGCCCGCGCCGCCCCCUCAUGUGCUCCUCGGAGAUGCUGGAAGCGGCGCGCACGAGCAACGGCCACGACCAGUGCGCCCUGGCCCAGCAGGCCCUCGGCCAGGCCCUCGGCCAGGCCUGCCUCCCCUGGGGUCCCGGCUCCAGCCCGUGCUCCAGCCCACGCUUCAGCCCCAUGAACUGUUCCGUCUCCGGCAGCCCGCGCCAUGUCACGCCCAGGGUGUCGGAGCGACACCCACUGGCCUCCAGAAAUGGUUAGCAGCCCACAAAGUACAGAGCCUGGUCGGCCUGGUCGUGAGGCCCAGGAUGCCGCUGACGACCGUCAGCUCACUUUCUCCGAUGCCACUGCCGCCUCGACUGCCCAGGACGCCGCCGUGCCCUAAGCCCGCCGCUGAGUCCGGGGGCGGCCCGGUGAGCACGGUGGCGCUGGGGGCGUGCGGGGCGGGAGGCUGGUGGUGCCCCUGCCCGCCACGCUGCCCCUGGCUACACAUCCAGCCCGCCGACAGACACGCGGACGAGCGUUCGCGAACGCCCCCGCAUGCGCACCAUGAUCACGACCCGGAUCCGGACUUGGAGGGUCGGCGAGCGCCGCUCACCAGGGUACACCCGGACUCCUUCUCCGGCUCCAUCCGGCACGCGCUCAUCAUCGGUUACUUCUUCUCGCUCCUGCACCCGGAGCUGGGGCCCUCCCUCUCACAGGACAGUUCCAGGACGCGUCGCUGGUCGGGGGUCAGGAUACUGCGGUUGCUGUACGCCGGGGUGAUCGUCGUGGGCCUGAGCGUGCAAGCGGCGCUGUCUCUGUACCGCGAGAUGACGGCCGACUCCCUGUGGGACAGCUCAGUGGACAUGAUGUUCUUCGGCUCGGCCACGGCCGCCACGGUGCUGUUCCUCGAGCUUGGCCCGCGUUGGCGCCGCCUCACCCGCUCCUUCGAGUGCGUCGAGAGUCACAUGGUAGACUUUGGGUACCCGCCCCUCCUGCGGAGGCAGAUGAAGCGCCUCACUGCCGUCGUCCUCCUCGGCGCGGCCGUCGAGCACAUCCUGUCCGUGUGGAGCGCCGUGGACUUCACGUGGCCGUGCUACAUGGAGGCGGGGCCGGGCGGCCUGCUCAAGGGGUACUCGCUGCUCAAGUUCCCCAUGACCUUCACUGUCAUGGCCUACGAGCACUGGAAGGCGGUUGUCGUACUUUUCUUCAACUUCGUGGGCACCUUUUUCUGGAACUUCAAUCACUUGUUCGUCAUGCUUAUUAGCAUGCCUCUCAGCCACCGCUUCAAGCAGGUCAACGAGCGGCUGGAGGCCGUGACGGGCAAGGUAAUGACGGACGACUUUUGGCGUCGGGCGAGAGAAACUUACAAUGAGCUGUCGGUGCUGUGCCGAGAAGUGGACGACGCCAUCGGGAAGCUCGUGCUACUCUCCUUCGCGUCCAACAUGUAUUUCAUCUGCCGACAGCUGCUGCACAGCUUCAGGACGCUACGCACGGGCUUCUGGUACAACCUGUACUUUAUCUAUUCGUUCGGCUACAUGCUGCUGCGGACUGUGCUGGUCUCGCUGUUUGCGGCGUCUGUCAACGACCAGAGCAGGAGGCCACUCCGGGUGCUGUUCGGCGUGCCCGCGGAGGGCUACACGCACGAAGUGGAGCGCUUCAUGAGUCAAGUCACCCGCGAUCACGUUGCCCUCACCGGCUGUCGAUUCUUCUCCGUUACAAGGGGGCUCAUCCUGACGGUUGCCGGGACAAUAAUUUCCUACGAGAUUGUCUUGAUGCAGCUGCACCCCAUGGUAGCGGGAACGCCUCACAAGACAGAUCACACCGAGCAUUGUGGCCUGUGAGAGCAAGAGGAUCUGCCUAGAGCGGACUGGACUGGAAAGAGG